AUGCUUUUAGCGCUGUCCGGGAGGAAGGAGUUCAUCGGCUGGGUGCGGGAGGCGCUGGGAGGCAUCAACGAGCUGAAGGUGUUCGUGGACCUGGCUUCCAUCUCGGCGGGCGAGAACGACAUAGACGUGGACCGGGUGGCCUGUUUCCACGACGCCGUGCAGGGCUACGCCCCCCUGCUGUACAAGCUGGACGCCAGGGCAGGGUUCGGCGCGUUCAUGGAGCACCUGGCAGAACUGUGGAAGGCUCUGGACAACGACCAGCACCUGCCCAAUAAACUGAGUGAUUCUGCCAGGAACUUGGAGUGGUUGAAAACAGUGAAGGACAGUCAUGGGUCUGUAGAACUCUCGUCCCUGUCCCUGGCCACCACGAUCAACAGCAGAGGCAUCUAUGUGAUCGAGGCACCCACAGGUGGCCGAAAGGUUUCCCCGGACGCGGUUCUGCGCCUGAUCCUCCCCGAGGGCCACGGUGGCCACGAGGAGACGCGGGACUACUCUUUGGAAGAGCUGAAGGAGCUCUUGAACAAGCUGAUGCUGAUGUCUGGCAAGAAGGAUCACAGCAACACUGAGGUGGACAGGUUUUCUGAGGUGAGGACGCGAGCUACUUAA